CAAUUGUUACUUGGGAAGGCGAAGGGAAAGAAAAGUUUUACUGGGCUUUGUUUUGGUUGCCUGGAAACAUACAAAGGCAUCAGAAAGAAAUGAAACAAACAACUCCUCGCUGCUGGGAGGGUGGGCUUCUGGGCCUGCUAGGGCAACUCUGCAGCUGCUUCAAUCUAAUGCCCGGGCCAGGAAAACGGAGUUGAAAAACCCUAUGUUAAGCACCUGUUGAAGGAAACAAAACAAAAACAGGAGAAUUGAAGACUGCUUGGAAAGUGGUGAAGCUGCUACGCGUUGCCAGAAUUGUGCCCCUGAGCUGAGCAUGGGGUCCCGGCUUGGGCCAGGAAGCCCUGCGAAAACAGGUCUAACUGCAGACGCAGGCUGGGACGCAGGCCUGCUUGAGAACCACCUUGGGGUGGAGGACUUUGUGAGAAUACAGAGGGCCUUCGAGUCCCUAGAGCCAAGGAAAAACACUGGUAUGUCCAGGGAAGAGUUCGUGCAGAAGAUGGCGGAGACCGUUGGUUGGGGCACACUGGAGGAAUACGGGGAGCUCUUUGACAAAGUGGAUGUGGCUCGGGAUGGCUUUAUUAACUGGGACCAGCUGACCUCAUUCAUACUGCUGUCGCUUUAUGAGAAAGACGAACGAGCAAAGGCAACUGUGGUUCCCCAGUGGAAGGACCUCGAAUUCCUCCAAGGAAAACACAAGGGCACCAUCCAAAAAGUAAUUUUCUUAAAGAAUUCCAGUCGUUACCUGACUGUGAGCACAGAAGGCCUGCUGGGAGUCUGGGGAGAGAAUUUAAAGCUGCGAGAAACGCUCCCCGUUACUUCUGACGCCAGCAAGCUCAAACACCUGUGGGUGACAAGUCUGGUCUCCCUGGAAAAUGCAAACAAGAUAGCAGUGGCGUUUACAAGCAAAGAGAUUUGCUUCUAUGAUCUGCUGUCUCAAGAAUUUCCUUGUCAAUACAAACUGCAAGGCUUGAAAGGAACACCAAUUUGCAUGGAUUAUUGGUACAAUCCUCUUGAUGCCAAUGAAUCAAUUCUUUCCUUCGGGGACGUAACUGGAAAUGUGCAAGCCGUUGUUUUCACAGCAGCCGUGAUUUCCCUGUUUGAACGGCCCAUUAGUGCAUGUGAAGACGAAGAAGGCACUGUGACCAUUAGCUGGGAAGACCUGCUCUCUGGACGUCACCGAUGUUGCCGUAUCUCAGAACACGAGCUUCAUCAUGGAGACUGGGUGAGGCAAGUUACUUACAGUGCGUCUUUGGGUGCCGUCAUUUCCAGUACAACCAACAGUACGAACACCGUGGUGCUGGCUUGGAGAGAGAAGUCAAAACAUCAUCUGGAAGUGACAUCCUUCAGCAUUGCCCAGGGCAUUCAUGCUUUUGAUUACCACUCUCUGCUCAAUCUAAUUGCAACUGCUGGCAUUAACAGUAAAGUUUGCCUUUGGAAUCCUUACGUUGUUUCUAAACCAGUCGGUGUCCUUCGGGGUCACUCAGCGAGUGUAAUCGCUGUCCAGUUCUUUGCUGAAAGAAAGCAACUUUUCAGCUUCUCUGCGGAUAAAAUUUUGAGACUCUGGGAUAUUCAUCACCAACUGUCCAUCCAGAGGAUAGCUUGCUCUUUCCCCAAAAGUCAGGACUUCACAUGUCUCUUCCACUUCGACGAAACCCACGGACGGCUUUUCAUUGCAUUCAAUAACCAACUGGCCUUGCUGGCAAUGAAAACUGAAACCAGCAAGAGGGUGAGAAGUCACGGAAAACCAGUCACUUGUGUUCUUUACAAUCCGCUCCUGAAGCAGAUAAUUAGCUCAGAUGCAGGGUCUACAGUUUCCUUCUGGAUGAUAGACACUGGGCAGAAAAUCAAACAGUUUACCGGUUGCCAUGGCGACGCAGAAAUCAGCGCGAUGGCCCUUGACGCAAAUGAGACCCGGCUUUUGACUGGCGGCGCAGAUGGAACUGUAAAGAUUUGGGACUUUAAUGGAUAUUGUCACCACACACUCAAUGUUGGACAAGACGGUGCUGUGGAUAUUUCACAGAUCCUCGUUAUCCAGAAGACAAUACUGGUUACAGGCUGGGAGAGGGCUGUUACUGUGUUUCGACCCCAGCACUCCAGUCAGUUUCUCAUCGAGCCUGAGGAAUGGAGAGGAGGAGCCCAGCACCACGACGACGUCUUGUGUGCUGCAUUUUCACCUCCACAAACUCUCGCCACAGGAAGUUACGAUGGAGAGAUCGUCCUGUGGAACAACAGCGCAGAAAACGCUGUCUGUGUCCUCCACCCGCAUUACCAGAGGCCGUUAAAAUCGAAGUCAGAUACGGAGCCUCACAAGCUUUUCAGUGCUGAAGCAAAAGGCUCCACCUCCGCCACGGCAGAUCAGGCUUGCGGGGCAGCCCGUACCUCCGAGAUCGACACCGAGGGUAACAACGCUGUUCUGAGGCUUUGUUUCCUUGAAGCAAGGAAAAACAUGGCCGCAACAGGAGGAGCUAACCUGGUAUCGUGUGGAGGAUCGGGUUAUGUCAGAUUCUGGGACACAUUCAGUAAACAACUUCUGGCUGAAUUUUCGGCUCAUAGCGGAGUUGGAUCCAUUACCAUGUCUACUGACAAGUGGAAUCAGUAUCUCACCACAGGAGAUCGGGAUGGAUGUUUGAAAAUCUGGAAUAUAGAGGAAUACUGUCUUGGUUCAAGUAAGAGAAAAAUCACACGGGCUCCAACUCUGAUAAGAGUCUUCCAGCCUCAUGAGGACCGGAUAACUUCCCUGGAGAUGUGUGAGCGGGGUGGCCACUUACUGGUCAUCUCUGCCUCUGCUGACUGCAGUGUUUGUGUGACUGGUAUCCACGGUGCUCCUGUUUGGACCUUUGGUCAGGCGAAACAUUGGAAUAUUAAAAACUGUUUUUCUGCUAUUGAAAGUGAUACAAAUUUAAUGGAAAGUGAGAUUCAAGAAGAAAGUAUGAGGGUAAAGAAUUUCUCUUCUAAAGAGGAAUCGUGUUUAGACUCAGCAGAACAUUCACUACUUAAUAAGAAGGAAAAAGAUGACUCAGCAUACAGUGUCAGACCAUCUGAAGACAUAAAUUUAGGUAUAGAAUACAAAGAAAGAAAUAUCUAUAAGAAAAAACCACGUCAACUUUACUAUGGUGAAAUUAUACAAAAAGCAGUCAGCCCAUUUAGGUCAUUAAGCAUUGGAGCGCUGACACAGCUGCCUGAGGUGAAUAAACCUGCUUUUCUUCUAGACCCUGAGAAAUAUUUUAGGAAAGAGUCAGAGGAAUAUCUCAGAAUUCCAACGCGUCCUUUACUUUCUGAAAUGGUUACCCUGGAGGCACAAUACCCGCUUUCUUCACUCCUGCUUGUGGUACCAGGCUCGCAUCUGAGAUCGCUGCCUUCAGUCUGCAGAGCUUACGGCUGCAUUUCUUUACACGCCACUUUGAAAGCUGUAUUUGAUGAGAAGAACCUGUUCCCCAAAGAAAUGCUGGAUCGAGAGAGAAAAGCCAAGCAAUUAUGUCAAGAAACAACUUGUGAAAUGAAGAUAAAAAGAAAUAAGAAGCAAUUAUUAUUGAAAGAAAAAUAAAUAUUUCAUUGUCACAUGCAGUAGUUGCAUAAAAUGCAGGAAAAGAAUCAAGAAUUCUGUUCCUUUCUUUUACUGUAAUUUGAACUUUUGGAAAUUUUAUCUUCAGACGAUGUUUUAUUGCUGCUUUUAUUAAUCACUUUCAUUUUCUCCUACUCUUAAUAAUAUUAAGACUGGAGUCAAGAAGGGGAAUGUCAGUUGGUAUUCUUUUCUCAAAUGCUUUUAUGUAAGAACAUUAUAAUUCUAGAACAAAGUAUUGUAAUUAGUUUUCUAAUAGCUUCCAUUGGUAAACGUUUUUGUCAUUUUUGAUUAUAAAGUCUAUAUCCAAAAUCCCAGCACAGGGAAAUCUACAAAUGUGAAUAAGAAAAUUGUUCCCACUUCUUUUCAUUUUCUAUAUUUUUCCAGUGAUUCUGAUCACAGCAAUUAGAUGUCAAUUGCAGUCUUUCAUAACAUUUCUUUUAAGAUAUAUUUUACUUUAAUCAUACAUAUCUAUGCUGUACAAUGUGAUAAUUUGAUACAUAUACAGAAUAUGUAAUGAUCAAAUCAGAGUUUGUAACAUUUCUGUUUAAAUAUUUAACAAUAUUUGAUCAUUUAAUGAUUAUACGUACAUCUGGGGUGUAGUGUGAUACAUAGUGUAUGCAUUUUGACAAAUUAUACAAAUUAUACAAUACUGUAUCAAAUCAGUAUUAUCAAUGUUUACUGUCCAUUUUUAUUAUCUCAUAUUCAUUCUUUUCUAUAUUUGUGGAGAAAUUACUGCAUAUGAUUUACAUCUAUACUAGACUUUCUAGUGGGCACCAGAAUUGAAUGGUCUAGCACAGCCUAAGAGGUAAUGGCCUUACAAAAGUCAAAGGCCCUGGGGCUACAUAAAGGGCUAACUCUGCACAGAUGGCAAAACAGGAAAAUUUCUCUCUCUUUUCUUUUUUUUUUUUUUGUCUUUUUGAGACAGGGUCUUGCUAUGAAGUUCAGGCUGGCCU